AUGUGCGCCACAUACCGUGAAGCAUGUCAACAAUUGCAUUUGCUGGAAGAUGAUACGCAUUGGGAUGCUACGCUUCGUGAUGCAUCAAUUUCAUCUCCACCAAAUAAAAUUCAUAUGUUAUUUGCGAUCAUAAUAUCAACAUGUUUUCCAUCAAAUCCACUGGAAUUGUGGAAUAAAUACAAAGAUUUCAUGGCUGAAGACAUUUUGAUUCGACUUCAAUAUCGUUCCAAUGAUCCUGCAUUGCUGCUGACAUUGGAAAUGUAUAAUGAAGCAUUGAUAAUGAUCGAAGAUUUGUGCCUUACUAUUGCAAAUAAAGCAUUAGGGCAAUUAGGAUUGACUCAACCAAAUCGUCUAAUGCAUGAUUUAUUUGAACGAGAAUUGCAACGCGAACAGCAAUUCGAUCGUGAUGAAUUGCGUGCGUUCGUACAAACGUAUACUCCAUAA